GCAGAAAAAUAUGGCAAAAGGAUGGCUUCAGAAAAAAAUGGCAAAAAUGUGGAGAUAUACACAGUUCCUACAUCCGAAUCCGUUCAAGAAAAGAAAAUUGAUAAUCGAAAGAAAUUCUGGCACAUUGACCAGGAAAUGCUGCCCUUUAAAGUGCAUUACUUCUUAUUCGUUGGAGCUUUUGGUGCUUGCUUGCCAUACAUAACCAUCUUCGCCCAAAAGAGAGUCGGUAUUUCAGCUUCUGCACUUUCUGCCAUUUUGACGACUCAGCGAUGCAUCUUCAUCUUCACCAAACCAUCGAUUGGAUAUGUCUCCGACUACUUCAACAAACUGAAGGCCAUCAUUUUCACUCUGUCAGUGGUGACUAGUGUCUUCUUUUUUCUGCUUUUAGUUGUUCCAAAAAUUGAAAACGGAGCAACAAGUGCAAAUCGGGACCAUGCCGUUAACAACAAUACUCGCUAUGAAUUUCUUAACAUUUCUGAUGCUUACAUCGUAUGUCAAUAUCAGCAAAAUAACAGCCUCGUGUCAAUAUAUUUUAACAAAAGCAAAUAUGAAGAUAUGUGCAGUCAAUCGCUCCAGUAUUUGUCAGGCUUUCUUUAUGAGUGCUCUGAAAAUAAAACGAAUGGUACUGAAAUUGUAGACAAUAAUGCUGAACACAGCAUAAUUUUGGACAAAGGAUUAGAAACCAUAACUCCAUUACCUAAUUCUCUCUCGUGCAAAAUAUGCUGUAGGCCAAAUGACAAAUGUCAGAGCAUUUCAUGUGAAGUUAGUACAACAGAAAUUCCUAUUGAAACAAAGCCUGUAAGUGAUUUCCAAAAGUAUCAGUUUUGGUGCUUUGCACUGCUUACAACAAUUAGUAUGGCAUGUGCAAAUAGCCUUUUCACCCUUACUGAUACAGCUUGCUGCGAAAGUGUACAAAAAACAGGUGGUGAAUUUGGUCGCCAAAGACUUUGGGGUGCUAUAGGAUGGGGCCUAUUGUCUCCUGUAGGUGGACUUCUUAACGAUUACACAGGUGACUUCCUAGCUUCAUGGAUUCUGAUGGCAAUCAUGUCAUUCCUAUCGUUACUGAACAUGACAAAGCUAGAAAUGGCAAAACCUAAGUUUUCAAAAAAUCUUAUGAAAGAUGUCGGAACCGUUUUGUCAUCAAAAGAAUUCCUUGCUUUCAAAUUCUGCGUGCUGAUGAACGGCGUUGGAACUGGGAUUAUGUGGUUCUACUUAGUCUUGUUCUUGACGGACAUUGGUGGCAGUCGCUUCCUUUGCGGUAUGGUGAUGUUUGUCCAGUGCUUCUUUGGGGAAAUUCCAUUCAUGUUCUAUUCCGCAUGGUUUAUUAAGAAGAUUGGUCACUUCAAUGUCCUAACAUUGGCUCUGACAGCGUAUAGUGUUCGGUUCUUAUGGUAUAGCCAAUUGCAGAAUCCUUGGUUCGUUCUUCCUGCAGAAGUGCUCCAUGGAUUCACGUAUGGAUUAUUUUAUACUAACGUGGCUUCUUUUGCCAAACUUAGUGCUAAACCUGGAACUGAAGCUACAACUCAAGCAGUGCUAUUUACAGCUCACGAAGGACUAGGUGUUGGAAUUGGAUGCAUUAUUGCGGGACUUGGUUUUGAUUCGAUAGGUGGCCACAGGACGUUUUUAUAUACUAGCAUAUAUGCAGGCUGUGCAACGAUUUUAAGUAUAAUACUGCAUUUACUUAUUAGGAAACAAAAACGUUGCUUCAGUUUAACUCAGCAAUGAAUGUACAUUACUUAGAUGAAAAAAAAAUCUACCUCAUUUAUCACAAUUACCAUCGCUAUUAUC